ACAGCUGCUACAGAUGUUCAGAGAGCAACAGAGGAGACAACGGCAGGUUUGAAGCAACGACAGAGCUCCACAGGCGUCUGCACCUGGCAGAGGAUGCAGCUGGUUGUCAUGGCAGCCAUGCUGGCGCUGGCGGCGGCCGAGGAGGACUGCCGCAGCGGGUGCCAAGAGAAAAGCUUCAGCAUCGAGGUGGAGGUCUGUGGCCGAAACACGUCCAUCCUAACCACCACCUGCUCGGGAUGGUGCGAGACCAAGGCCCCCGUCUACAGCAGCCAUCAGCCCCCGCCGGACCAGAACACGUGUAACGGGGACUGGUCCUACGAGGUGACACACAUUGACGGGUGUCCCGAGGCCGUCACCUACCCCGUGGCCAGGGACUGCAAGUGCCAGGUGUGCAACCCCGAGGAACCCAGCAUGCACUGCGGGUACCACCCGGUGUACAACCCCAGCUGUCCGUCCAUGUAAGAGAAGCCUGUCGCCUUUUUGCUUAUUGUCCGUGGCCACUGAAAUAAACAGAUACCACCU